UGCUCGCGGUUCCGGUGGGCGUCAGUGGACAGCUGAGGGAGGAGGCGGCGGCGGCGAUGGAGUUGUGCGAAAUCUUGUAUAACAAGGCGGAAUAUAUCGAGACGGCCUCUGGUAACAAGGUGAGCAGGCAAUCGGUCCUGUGCGGGAGCCAGAACAUAGUAUUAAAUGGAAAGACGAUCGUUAUGAACGACUGCAUUAUCCGUGGAGACCUGGCGAAUGUGAGAGUUGGACGACAUUGUGUCAUCAAGAGCCGAAGUGUCAUAAGGCCGCCUUUUAAGAAAUUUAGCAAAGGGGUUGCCUUCUUCCCACUGCACAUUGGUGACCAUGUAUUCAUCGAGGAAGACUGUGUGGUAAAUGCAGCCCAGAUUGGAUCUUAUGUUCACAUAGGGAAGAACUGUGUUAUUGGUCGGAGGUGUGUUCUCAAAGAUUGCUGCAAGAUUCUGGAAAACACUGUCCUCCCUCCAGAAACUGUGGUCCCUCCUUUCACAGUCUUCUCUGGCUGCCCAGGCCUUUUUACUGGUGAACUCCCUGAGUGCACACAGGAGCUCAUGACUGAUGUUACAAAAAGCUACUACCAGAAGUUCCUGCCACUUUCUCAGAUUUGAGAUGGGCCUUUCCUCCAAAGCACCAUGAGAAAAGAACCUGUUUUACUGAGGACCUGAAAGUGAACAACUGAACAAAGUUUAGACACUGCCUGGAUAUUCCCACUUGAUGAAGUGGGUCAGGCACAGAGAAAUUUGUGCAUUAUAAGUAGUUGUUUCUUUGGUCUGGAAAAGACUGGCUGCUCCUUCACACUUGAAAUGACAGUGUGUGCAGCCUUCAAUUCAUAACUUAAUUAUUUUAUUGGCUACGUUCAGUGCCACAAAACACUGAGCAUGAUAUAUGCUGUAAUUAUUCCUGAAACUAGUUCUGAGACGUUCAAUCACUAAGCUUCCUGCAUAUUCGAACAAGGUUAAUUGCAUUAAUCCAGUUCUUGUUAGAAAAGAUCUUUUGUUGUGGGUACGUGUAAUCGGUGCUGUUUCUCAGAAAAGUUAUCCUGAGUUUCUUUACUGUUUGUAUUAAGUGGCACCAACCUUUGACUGAUUCUUGACUAACUGUAUAAAUAUCAUCUGUUAAGAUUCAAGCCGUAAGACAGGAUACAGAAAAGGUGGCUGGGGUAACAAGUUGUACUUCUAAUAAGUACGUAAUGCAGAACAAAUCUAGCAGUAAUCACCAUGAAGUGACAUCAUAUAAAUGAAAUUAAAUCAGACAUAUUAUAAAUCAUACACCGUACAGUGAGGCAAGUGGUGAUACUUGGUGCCAAGUGGCCUUUUCAGACAAUUUCUCUUCUCAUCAGCAUCCUAGUCAUUUACUUUUUACACAUUUAUUAAUAUUUUUGCCAAUUAAAAUGGAGCAUGUGUAAUCUCCAUUGAAUAUCUUAGUUAUUUUGCCCUAAAACAUAUAGUGGAUUUUCUUAAGAAUUAAAAAAAGACGUCGUCCAUCGUGUUGGCAUAACUGCAGGCAAAAUGUUAGUUUAUGCAGGUACUGAUCCAAAGAACAUAAUUCGUCACAAUUUUCUAAAAAUGUAUGGAAGAAUAAUCUAUAGAUGAAAACCUCCUGUCCUUUAAUGCAAAAAUGUCACAGUAUUUCCUGCAUGUUUGCUGCAUUCCUGACUACCUAUUUAUACUUCUGAUAAUAUUGUUCAGAAAAACUCUUGGUGGUGACAGGUGAAGUUUAUUUUGUCAUUGAGGACAGUUUUCCAAUUUUUGGACAUUUCAUAACUAUUCAUGACUGAAAACUUAUAGAAGUGCUUCUUGACUAACUUCUUUCAACACUUGUAUGUGGUAUUGAGAACUUAAGUUUAACCAUUUCAUCUUCAAAAUCAGUUUUGUUAUCACUGAUACGUCGUGAACUGUAUUUUGGCAACAGUACAGUGCAAAACAAAUAUAAGUUAUAAUAAAUAGUGUUUUUUUUAAAAAAAA